AUGGGGCGCUAUAAUCAAGCUCAGAUGUACGUUGAACCAAAUUUGAAAUGGAUAGAAUCCGUUAUAAUAUCCUACAACCAGAGUACUAAAGAUAAUCCAUGGUACAAACAAAUAGUUGUAGAAGGAAGUAGCAUUUGUCAGUUGACUGGUAGUAAAAGCGCUUGCUGUGGAAACGCUGGAGCUCCAUUGACUCUCGGUGACGUACAAAUUGGACUUGCUGCGUAUAUCCCAGCCAACUGCUUCAGAGAAUACCCCCUCGUUUAUACUAAAGUAGCCAAAUACGUGGAAUGGAUCAAAGAAAAUUCUGACAUAUAA